AUGUCUCGAGAGUCCUACCUUCCCGAAGAUCUCCUCCCAGUUGCCCAACGACAAGAACUCCAGAGGCUGCACUUGAAGCCAAAGGUUUUGACCAAGCGACCGCCGAAGGACGCUUCAGAAGACGCGCCCAGCCAAGAAGAGCGCGACAAAACAGCCUCAGAUGUCGACCGGCUCAAGACGCGACGGGAAGCCUUGUCGGGGACGAUCUUGCCGAGAUGGGAGUCUCUCCAGACCCGUUGGAAAACGCACACGUCUCGCUUGAGAUGGGGCGGGGAGAGAGGGUGCUCCGGACACGACGAGGGACAAGGGGAGAAAAUUCGACCGUGCGAAGUUCAAGAAGGCUGUUCUGGAGCGACUCUGAGGGAGAAAAACGGCCCUGUUGGCGCAGCUUACUUGGUUCCCUGGCUUCUCAACGGAGGCGACUUAGAUUACUUGUUUGGCAUCACAGACGGAUCGGCCAUUCUAUCUGACUCCGCUGAUGCUAUCUCUUUGCAUACUAGAAUUGAAAGUGCACUGGAUAAUGCUGAGAUUGUCAUUGUGCCUAGACUUGAGGCUGGAAAAGAGACCGAGUGGGAAGUGUUCGUCACCGAUGAAUCUGAAUUGGGCGACGCAGCGUGUCUGACUGCCGAGUCCGGACAAACGAAGUGCAAGGUAUUGCUGAAACGCAAUGAGCCGGGGAGCAUGAAGUGGGUCAAGAAUCUCGAGGCAACGCCCGGACCUGAUCUUCGCAAAUCGAUGCUUAUGGCCUUAGCCCGCAAAGUGUCAGACAAGUACCCGCCACCCGGUCUCGUGGAUGCAAACACGUUUGAUGAACUGCCUUACGAUCCGCCAUGA